UACAUACAAACCAAAAGAAGUUGAGAGGGAAUAUUAUAGUAAGCUUUUAAUUUCAAAUAACCAGGUGCCGUACUGUGGAGAUACCUUUUCGUUUCUUAGUGCUUCUUAAGGGAGAAAAAGUCACCAAUAUUAGGUAGAUGAGCAAGGCAAGUUGUGUAAGCUGAUUCAAUGGAGUAUUAUACGCUGCCAGCAUCCUUUCUUAUCUUCAUUCCCUUCUUCUUACUCAUUCUCAAACAACUCAUACCAAAAUCUCCAAACCUUCCACCAGGUCCACGACCGUGGCCUCUGCUAGGAAAUAUUCUCCAGAUUGGGAAAAGCCCUCAUAUUUCCCUUGCACAAUUUGCCAAAAUUCAUGGCCCAUUGAUUUCUGUCAAGUUGGGAACUCAGCUGGUUGUGGUAGCUUCAUCUCCUGAUUCUGCAGCUGAAAUCCUCAAGACUCAAGAUCGUCUGCUAUCGGUCCGAUCUGUGCCUAAAGUUGCUACAUAUGAACUCUCUAUUAUUGAUCAACACUCAAUUGUCUUUUCCAGUGAUUUGAGCAAUCACUGGAGGUUCUUGCGGGCAUUUUGUCGAACACAUUUGUUCUCACCCAAAGCGGUAGAAUCACAGGCUGCUCUGAGGGAGAAAAAAGUGUCGGAAAUGAUAGAUUUUCUUAGGUCUAGGAAAGGGGAAACCGUGAAGAUUUCUGAAAUUAUGUUUGCAACCAUUUUAAACACGUUAGGGAACCUUUUCUUUUCAAAAGAUUUAUGUGAUUUGGAUUAUGAAACGAACACCAGCGGGAUCAAACAUGUUAUUAGAAAAUUUGUUGAAUUGGGAGCUAUGCCAAAUAUAUCAGAAUUCUAUCCUCUAUUUGAUGCUCUGGAUUUGCAGGGAUUGAGAAAGCAGACUGAAAUAUAUCAGAAUCAAUUGAUCAACAUCUGGAGUGAAAUUGUCAAGGAAAAAAGGCAGGCAAUUAGUCGUAGUAGCCCGGAUUUUUUGGAUGUCAUGAUUGAUAGUGGAUUCUCGGAUUUACAGAUCAAUAUCUUAUUGAUGGAAUUAAUUUCUGCGGGUUCUGACACCACUACCUCAACAAUUGAAUGGGCAAUGGCAGAAUUGCUAAGGAACAAGGGCGCUAUGCACAAACUUCAAGCCGAGCUUACGAGUAAGAUCGGAGAAAAUGAUAUAAUCACAGAAUCAAUCACUGAACUUCCAUAUUUGGCUACUUGUGUCAAGGAGACAUUGAGGAUCCAUCCGCCUACUCCCUUCUUGAUUCCUCGUCGUGCUCCUGAGACAUGUAAGAUUAUGGAUUACACCAUCCCAAGGAACUCAAGGUUGUUUGUGAACGUUUGGGCUAUAGGGCGCGACUCUAAUACAUGGGAAGAUGCAUUAUCUUUCAGACCUGAGCGGUUUCUUGACUCCAAUGUGGACUUCAGGGGUCAAGAUUUUGAGUUCAUACCAUUUGGUGCUGGGAGAAGAAUAUGCCCUGGCAUACCCUUUGCUAGACAAGAAGUUCACUUGAUUUUGGCUAGUUUGAUCCAUCACUUUGAGUGGUCACUUCCUAAUGGUGAGGAUCCAAUGCAGAUAGAUAUGAAAGAAAAGUUUGGCGUUACUCUACAGAAAGAAAAGUCUCUACUAGUUGUCCCUAUAUAAUACUAGAUGGGUCAAUGCCCGUGAUGGAAUGUUUUCCACUCCAAGAAAGUGUAGUGGUCUUCCUCUCCGCUCUAGAUACUGAUGGUGGAAGCCUGAAUUCAGCUGCAAACAUGAACGUCACGGGAACUGUCAAUAUAGGAAAGAAUUGAUCAUCUUGCAUAACAUAGGAGGAGAUUAUCUUCAAGUAACUUGUAGUCACCUGCAUGGUCAUAUUAUAAUCAGUCCUUUACUAUGUACUUGGAAGGAAAAUAAUCUUCUAACAUCUGUUAAUAAAUCUUUUAUUUGGAGAUGGACUAUGUUUUAGCCAAA